AUGGGAUUUCAUUGGCAUAGCAUCUUUCUUUUUCUUGUCAUAUCAGUGGCAAUUCUACGUUUAUCUCAUGCCCACAGCGAACCACAAGACUAUGUUGAUGCUCAUAGUUGUCUUAGAACACUAUUCGAGGUGCCUCCUUUGACGUGGGACCCUGAAUUAGCUAAAGUUGCGGAGGCAUGGGCCAAUCAAAGAAAGGAUUGUAAGAUGAUACACUCUGGUAGGUGUGGUGAGAAUAUGGCAGCCGGACCAAAUCUCAAUGGUUCAUUUGCAGUGCAAAUGUGGAUGGAUGAGAAGCAGGAUUAUAAUUACGGUGAAAACAAGUGCGAAGAUGGUUGCAAGUGUACCCAUUAUACUCAAGCGGUUUGGAAAAAUUCGCAACGCCUUGGAUGUGCUAGGGUUAAAUGUGAUCCUCCAGACUCUCCUUGCUACUUGGUUGUUUGCAAUUACGACCCUCCAGGGAACGUUCCCGGCGAGAAACCUUUUUAA